UCGAAAAAAGUCGUUGUAUUGAGAUUUCUGAUAUUCCCCAUCCAAAUUAUAAACCAGCACUUCCAAAGGAAUCGUUAUGUCAGCCAUCUGGGAGAAAAUAUGUGAAGUUUUCUCGACGCUUGUUCGGCCGUCCCGUCGCAAAACGCGCGUCUCGUUCAGCCCCAGCACAUUGCAUCGCGAAAUUAUACGUCACACGAAACUUUCGGCCUCACCAAAUCCAUUCUUUAAUUUUCUUGCCGAAGUACGCAUGAAGGCCAGUGGUGGGGAACUCACACGGCCAGGCUGUGGUCCGAUGUCACCACGCGAGAGUACACGCCUCGCAAAAACGGCAGGGCGCUUAUGGAAUGCAAUGUCAGAUGAACAAAAGCAGCCCUAUAGGAGUAUUGCACUGGAGCAGCGUAAACUGAAGCGGUUGCGUGGUCGACGGCGGCGUUCUAAUUUAUAUGCGCGCAGGCGUAGAAAACGCAGGAGUCCGGUACAGUGCGACUUUUUGUUGCCACCACAAAAUCGAACCAAAUCGCAAAAGGAUACAACGCGGUCAUCAAAUACGUCAAUAAGUAGUAGCACCUGUGAUGGCGAUGGCAAUGCUGCAGACACCGGCAGUGUUUGUUCGGAUGGAGGGGAGAGCAAAAUUUUGUGCUAAAUUUAUGUUUGUUAUUGUACACUCUUUGUCAAUGAAUUGGUUGCAUUUGGUGUGUUCAU